ACUCGGGCAAAGACGGAUCGAUCGAUCGAUAGGUAAAGCGAGCCGGUGGCACCUCGCUCGCGGUGCACGGGCCUGCGGUGGGCGCUUGCACUUUGAGCUCGCGCGGUGCACGGGCCACGGCCACGAUAGGCGUUCGUCACGAGAACGAGCGAGGUGCGGUUAGGUUAGGCGACGCGGAGACAACACGAAGCCGAACGAAACGAACCGAGUGGAGUCGAGCGGAGUCGAGUCGGCUAGAUCGGUUCUCGAUUCUCGACGGGCCGACGCGGGACGCUCCGGCGUGGCGCGGAGCGGCGCGACGCGUGAGUCACGAACGCGGCUUUCGCCGGUUACUCGUUGCGCGCAGUUGAUCGCGGUUUGCGUAGCAGCUAUCUCGGUGGUGCUUUUCGCGCGGUUAAUACGCACGAUGCGAUCGGUGUACGCGACGGCACGCGUGUCGUUCGAGCGGCCGGAGAUAGACGAGGACGAAGCGCGUUUCGGUGCCGGCUGACGCGCCUCGCUCCAACGCGAGCGCGUCCUUCGAUCGUUUCCUAGUUUCCUAGUUUCCGAACGGGACGAGUAUCGUCGCGAUCUCGUCGCGCUCGAAACGCUUUGCUGGCUGUCAGCGCGCAACUAUCUACGGUGAAAAAGAGAGUGAACGAGUGCGAGUGCUCGGACGCGGAAAGCCGGUGAACAAAACGCGGUGAAUCCGAGCUCGACCGGAAGAACGCGCUUCGGAUCGGGUAACGAACGCGAGUGAACGCCGUUGCUCGCUGCUCGACGAUCGACCGCUCCGACCACCUUCGUUGCUGAUCUAUACGUUUUUCUUUUUCCUUUGGAACAGUAUACAUUCGUGACGACGAAGCUGAUAAGGGAAAACGUUCUUCUCGUUGUUUGACUUUGGUCAAAAAAAAGGAGAGAAGCAAUAAUCGUGAACGGAGAAUUAAAACGAACGAGAAGGAAGAAAUCGAGACGACGAGCAGCCCGCCAACAUUGAUCGGUUCGAUCGACGAGUCCAUGCCGAAGAAUUGCCUGGACCCGUUCGAACGUUUUCCAAAAGUUUCGAUAACGAGCCGAACACGGAGCCACGGCGCUCUUUCUUCCCGUCUGUUAACGAAGCUGGCCACGAACGCGGCCUAAUCGGUUCGGAACCACCGCCAUGGACGAUCGGGAGAGCCCGUUUUCUCGGGCGCAGCCGAGCAGAGGCUCGUUUCGAUCGCAAAGCGGUCGCAAAAGCGUCGGAACGAGCGUCGCGACGGACAAUCAACGUCGAGCGACGCCUCGACGAAGCAAGGAGACGAGCACGGCCAGUCCAGCCGCGAGCGGGAAGUUCGUGGCGCCUCGCACGGCGUUCGAUAAUCUGAAACAAUGGGAACUGGUGGAGGAUGAUCGCGGUCUGCAGGUGGUGGAGAAAAGAAACGCGUCGAGAAACGCGGAACGUUCCUCGAACUCCGCCGAAAUCCGAAGUCCACCGCUCGCCUCCAGAAAGACGCUUCCGACGAACGUCGCGGUAGACGCGAAUCUCGAGGAGAAGUUGAAGGCCUUCAAAGACUCGAAGAUCGUUCAGCCGAUCGACGAAACGAAGAUCGCGAUCAAUCUCGACCUGAUCUUGAAUCAACGAAAGGGAUCGGCCGUCGAGAGCACGGACAUGCUUCAACGUUUGGAGCAGCAGGUCAAGGCCAUCGAAUUGGACACGCUGGCAGCUAGAACGCGUCCGUUGGAGAUCAGCUCCGAUUUCGAAUCGGACAUUCGAUACAGGGAACACGAGGAUCUGCUUCGAAACACGACGGAUGACGAGGCCGAGGGGGCCUCUCCGUUGCACCGAGGAGACGCGACGAGGAACUCGACGGGAAACGCCGGCGUGAUCACGAAGAAACCCGCGACGAAAUUGUCGAGGACAGCCUCGGACACGAGGCGAGGACAGGAAACGGAAAUACCCCUCCGAGCGCACCCUAGGAUACAGCAAGCGCGCGCGUUCGCACGGCCCAUCGUCACGAAGAAAGAUCAUCGACAACAACAACAGCAGCAGCAGAAGCAACAGCAGCAGCAGCAACGGCAGAACAACGCGAUCAGCAACGCGCUCAGACCGUUGUCGGACAUCAUGCAGAAGGGUGGUCAAAAUGAGAAGGAGUUACAGACAGGGGAUGGCGUGGGAGUGUCGAGUAGCGGUGGUCGGCUCUCCUCGAGGAGUCGGACAUCGGAGGAGCCCCACAUCGGCAAGUACAAAUUACUCAAAACGAUCGGUAAGGGUAACUUUGCCAAGGUAAAACUUGCCAAACACGUGCCCACCGGGAAAGAAGUGGCUAUCAAAAUUAUCGACAAGACUCAACUGAAUCCCGGUAGCCUUCAAAAGUUAUUCCGGGAGGUAAGAAUAAUGAAGAUGCUCGAUCAUCCGAACAUAGUGAAGCUUUUCCAAGUGAUCGAGACGGAGAAAACACUGUACCUGGUAAUGGAGUAUGCUAGCGGCGGCGAGGUGUUCGAUUAUUUGGUUCUACACGGUCGGAUGAAGGAGAAGGAGGCGAGAGCGAAGUUCAGGCAGAUCGUGUCUGCCGUGCAAUACUGCCAUCAAAAAAAGAUCAUUCACAGGGAUUUGAAAGCCGAGAAUUUGUUGCUCGACAGCGAGAUGAACAUCAAGAUCGCUGAUUUCGGUUUUAGCAACGAAUUCACGCCGGGUAACAAGUUGGACACCUUUUGCGGAUCGCCGCCUUACGCAGCGCCCGAACUUUUUCAGGGUAAAAAGUACGACGGACCCGAGGUAGACGUCUGGUCGUUGGGAGUAAUAUUGUAUACUUUAGUAUCCGGUUCGUUGCCGUUCGACGGCUCGACCUUGAGGGAACUCAGAGAAAGGGUAUUGAGAGGAAAAUAUCGGAUCCCGUUUUACAUGUCCACCGAUUGCGAAAACCUUUUGAAAAAGUUUUUGGUGCUCAACCCGACGAAACGGGCUUCUUUAGAGACUAUAAUGAAAGACAAGUGGAUGAACAUGGGAUACGACGACGACGAACUGAAACCGUACUUAGAACCUGAACCUGAUUAUAAAGACCACAAGAGGAUAGGUGAGUCUGCCAAGGCCCUGGCUAGCAUGGGAUACACGAGGAGCGAAAUCGAAGAUUCGUUAGGGCAGGCAAAGUACGACGACGUGUUCGCCACAUACUUAUUGUUAGGAAGAAAAACGACCGAUCCUGAAUCGGACGGUUCGCGGUCAGGCAGUUCGUUGUCGCUGCGCAACAUUCCACCGCAAGCUGGUUCGGGUGGCGGCGGAGGAGGCGGCGGAGGAGGAACCGGAGGAGGAACAGGUGGCGCGGUGCAAAGCCCGUCUCACAGAGGCGUUCACAGAAGUAUUUCCGCUAGCAAUCCAAAACCGAGUAGACGAGUUUCGUCCGGUCUCGAAACGCUUCGAGCAGCGCCGAGUCCAGGAAACGCAACGAACCAUAAUCACGCGACUGCUACGACCGGCGGCACCGUGACUGGAACCAGCGGUAGUAAUUUUAAACGACAAAAUACCGUGGACGCGGCCACGAUCAAGGAGAACAGUGCUCGUGUAUCCGCGAGCCGACCCUCGGCUCCUAAAAACAGUCCAGGCCAAUUAGAUACCAUCAAGUACGCUGCUUUGUUUUGUGUUGAACUAUAUCUAAUGAGGCUUGCAGUGACAAUGUUCAUUCUAGGCGUGGGUACAAGUCCCGGUGGUAGGGGAUGGGCAGGCAAGAGCAACACGAUGAACGCAGGGGUAGGUGGUGGUCGGCCACUCACCUCACCUGCCCCUGGUUCUGUCGGUCGACGUAGUACCAUCUCCUACGAUCAAGCGAAAACGUCCUCCUCGUCUACCGAAAGAACCAACGACGCACCCAGCCUGGGCGAGGGCACUAGACCAACGCGGGGUCACACCAAGUCUGCGAGCAUCAGCGCAGGUCACCGUUCCUCGAGUGGCGUACCCCCCAGCGACCAUUCACUACUGGACCCUCAACCACGCAACGCCCACAACUCCUUACUCGCCACUGCUGACCCUCUUAGACAGAGCUUGGGCGUGUCUCCAAGCAACAGACUGGCAACACCUACGACACCGGCAUUUCCUCGAAAUGUUCCAAGCCGUAGCACGUUUCAUUCUGGCCAGAACAGAGCUCAGCGAAAUCAUACUCAGGGUCACACGCAUACACAGGAUACAAAUGCAAUUAGCCCACUAGCGAGACCGUCCUUCUUCUCGAAAUUAUCCUCGAGGUUCUCCAAACGCCCCAUGGACCCAUCCGUACCCCCCAAGCACCCAGUAGUGAGCGGAGCAACCACUAACGAUGAGCAGGUUAAACCACGCAGUCUACGUUUCACAUGGAGUAUGAAAACUACGAGUAGUCGAGAUCCGAACGAAAUCAUGUCCGAAAUUCGAAAGGUAUUGGACGCCAAUAAGUGUCAGUACGAACAGCGCGAAAGGUUCCUGCUGCUGUGCGCGCACGGCGACGCGGCGACGGACAGUCAAGUACAAUGGGAAAUCGAAGUUUGUAAACUGCCACGGCUUUCUUUGAACGGCGUACGGUUCAAACGCAUCUCAGGCACGUCGAUCGGUUUCAAAAACAUUGCCAGCAAGAUAGCGAACGAGCUCAAGCUGUGACUGCCGACAACAGGCGCCCUAGCCGCCCGCGCCAACCCAUAACGCCCUCGUGAUCGAUGACACGGACUCGCAACCGCAACCGUUCACUUUCACUAUUACUUCUUCUGGGAUCUUUGCCUCGACGAAUCCGCUUCUACUUCCGUUUCCGCUUCCACUUGCACGUCCACGUCCGCGUCCACUUCCGAUUCGCGAUCCCGAUCCUCCUCCAAAUCCGACAUCGAUUCCUGUUCCCAAUCCGAAUCCGAUCCGACCCGAGAGAUCUUCGUUUAACGAAUCCUCCCGAGGGACCCAGUCGAACGGCGAAAGUAACGUCGACCGAGCCGAGUCGAGCCGAGCCGAGCGGAACGGAGCAGAGCAGAGCUCUCGCCGAUCGCGCACCGAUCUACCAACGCGUAACAAUCGUGCCCGGCUUCCAGAUAUCCUGGAACACUGUGAUUCACGUUCUAACGAUUGAACCGCGUACUCAACAAAUACUCUCGAGUGCCAAAACGAAACUAGGAUCGGUUCUCGAAAUCAUGACCGACGCGAGACAAUGAACACGAAGAAAAGAACGAAAGACAGUUUAGUGGCAGCGAAGGAAGGGACAGCGCGCAACAAGCGACACAACAAAAUAAGAAGAAAACAAGAGGUAGAAAGAACGGACCGCGAUGGAUAAUCGUUUCAAAUUCUUUCCGUUUAGACGAAGAACGCCGUGGCGACCAAACGGGAGAGUAUUCGAAAUCUCUCUUCCUUUCUCUCCCUCUUUCUCUUUCGCUUACCCUGCGAAAACGAUUAUCGCCAAGUAUUACGCGAUCGAAACAGUUUUCUCGAUACGUUGCAGCUGUUCGUCGAGCGAACAAUACGUUUAUCUUCUUCUACGAUUAUUACGCGCGUUCGAUAAGUUGUUUCGUUCGCGAUUCGCUUUAUCUUUCGGUUAACGUCUCGUGGUUCGAUCGUACCUAACGAAACGACUUUGCGGAAAGAACGGAAGAGGGAGGGAAGAAGGAGGGAACGUGCACGGAGAAGGAACGUGCCCGUUAAGAAAGAAUAAAGGGACACUCGUAGCUAAUGAAACGAUCAAAGAUGUUCGAUCGAACGCGUGCAUCAUCGUGCGGAACACACUUACAACGUCAAGAGUCUUUCUUUUUCGUAACGUUGUCUUUUUCAAAUAGGUUUUAUAUGUAAGGGAGCACUUAACAAGACAAGCGGUCUGUUUGUACAUAAUCGAUCAAAUUACUCGAGAAACCUGUAAAGGAACGCGUAACAAAAAAAAAACAUUCUACUCGUCAAAAUACUAUCCUUUACGCUCUGUUAUCGUUAAUUCAUCGUUCGUCGAACGUUGAAAGCAACUCAACGGUGUGAAAUGUAAUAACGCGAGCGAACUAGCAUCGCACGCGCCGAACCAUUUACUCUUUCAAAUAUUUUUAUGAUACUUUACUUUUUUUAUCUACGUUAUAAGUUUAAAACUAUGCAACGCAACUAUAGGCGUUAGCCAAUUAAUGAAUGUCUAAUGAUUAUGAUGAUGAUGAUUAUUAUGAUUAUUAUUAUUAAUAUUCUUAUUUUUAUUUUUAUUAAUAGCGCAUAAAUAAUAUUAUGACACAAUAUUAAACGAGACAGAGAAGGUGAUAGAAAACAAAAAGGAGCUAUUAGUUAACGUAAAUUAAAGAUUGUCGUCAUCGCCGUCGUUGUCGUCGUCGCCGUCGUCGUCGUCGUCGUCGUUGUCGUCGUCGUCGUCGUCGUCGUCGUCGUCCUCGUCGUCGUCGUCGAACAAUCGUAUUCGUAUCGAAACGGUACGAGUAAAAAACACAAGGGUACUUUUGCUCCGAACGAAUUCCGACAGUGUAUACCUAUGAAAUAAUGCACGCGCGCACGACACAUCGUCGAUUACGAGAUCUGUUAUUUCUACGAAAGAUACCGUGUAAGAUUAUAUAUUUAAGUACUGUAAUUGGCUAUACGCUGUUACGCUAUUUAAUCUUUUAUUCGCAGAUGUAUUCGCGGUUGAAUCAACUUAAAUUAGAAUUAUUGUAAAUGUAGAGGCGACUAGAGAAACUUGGUGUAUAUACAUAAUAUAAUAUUCGAAGGUACUAAAUUAACCAAAUAAAUGAAGCCUCACACCAAGAAAUGCGAACAAGAAAGUAAUAAAAAUGAAAAUAUACGAAUGAAUGCGGGAGAAGGAGGAACGAGACGAUCGAAGUGGGAAAGGAGCAAAAAUAUGAAGUACUGAGAAAAAGAUAACUAAAAAAUCACACGCAAUGAAACGACACAAAAUACGAAAAGAGAAACACUUCGGGACUCGAAUAUAUACCGCGAUCUUUUUAUAUUUGCCUAAGACUAAACGAAUACAUUACGCGGUUAGGCGAUUACUAAUUUAUUUAAAUAAAUACAAAACUCGAAUGAUUUUUUCACGUUUCUAACACACGCAUACACACGGCGCGUUAAGUACAAACGCGUACACGCGACAAACGUCGAGUCAAAAAAGAAAGUCGAGUCUGCCCGAUAGAGAAUUGUGUGACCCUUUCGAAACAUUACAAACGACCGAUACGCGAUUACAUACAUGUACUAAAUACCGUAAAAUAGUCUAUCGGAAAUGUGUUCGUUCACGAAAGCAAAGACCACCAAAACGGAGUUUUCGAUUCAUAGCGAACCAUUCUUUCACGUACAAGUGCAUCGAAAUUUUGUUCAUUACCGCUUAACGAAACGACGAACGAUAUUCUUUUGGUUAAUCGUCGACGGAACUUGACGUUGUUCUCGAUACGAAUUCUGUAACGUCGAACGCGAUUUCGAGCGAAAAACGGACGCACCGAAUUCAACCAGAAAGAAGCAGGACUUCUCUUUCGUUCAUUCUUUUUUAACCAAAAGUAAAGAAAGCGAAAAGAGAGAAAAAUAAAAACAGGAAAGCGAAGAAAGGAAGGAUUCCCUUGGGUACAAUGUGCGUAUACGCGUUGCGACGAUCGCGCGUCGAUGACAAAACAUCACUGUGUAUUAAUUCAAACAUGAUCGCCGUUGAAAAAAGACGAGACAUACCGUAGAAAGAUUUAUCUUUACGAUAGCGGUUACGAAUUAAUGUUACAGAAUAAGAUCCUUCGAUAGCAUUAACGGUAUAUCCCUUAAAAGAUGCAAGUAGUUGAGAAAACGAUUCUUCACUGUAACAAUAUACAUAAACACGCAUUUCAUCGUC